AUGGACUCCAAAAAAAUGUGUGAAUUUCUUAUUAAUGCUGAUAAAUAUUUUGAUGGUAAUAAGGUCGAUAUAAAUAAAAUUAACAAAAACAAAAGCAUCAAAACAUAUUGCCAUAAUGAUGAUUGUAAAACAAAAGAAAAUGGUAUUAAUGCUUUGGCCGCAUAUAUAAUUAUGCUAUUCAAAGGAUUAAUAAAAAAGGAUGAGUAUAAUGACUAUGAUGAAUAUUUAUUGAUGUGGCUAAGUGAUAAAUUACUUAAGAUACGCAACGAAAGCAAAGAGAAAAAGGUUAAACCCCCCUAUAUGGAUACUAUUACUUUAAAUCAGGCUUAUGAGAAACAUUUAAAGGAUCAUAAAGUAAAAUUGAGGUAUUGGGAUCUUUUGGAUAUGAUAAAGGGUUUGAAAGAAGCUAAUCUUAGGUAUAUGGCCGAAUUUUAUUUAUUACUUAAUAGAAUAUGUAAAACAAUUGCAUAUUAUGAAACAAAAGGUGCCGAAAGUAAGAAACUUUCUAAACAUUCUGACAAUUGCCUUGAUCAAUAUAGAAACCUUUAUAUAAACAUUUCUGAAUGCAAAUCAUAUCUUAAUUUAUUGAAUAAAUUAAAAGGUAUAUAUGAUGAUUUUAGAGUUUCUGCUAUUCAGGAAAAUGGUUCAAACAAUAAUUUAGAAACUGAUCUUAAAAAACUUACAAAACCAAAUGGAGAAGAGAUGGCGGUGGUGAGAGGUUUUAUAUCAUAUAAAAUCACUAAAAAAAUAUGUAAUUCCCUCAAUAAAAAAACUACAACAUCAAACAAAGCGGACUCACCAGGAUUAUCACAUUCUUCGAAAGAAGUACCACCGCUACAACCUUUAAACCAACUAAAAGAUAGUCACGACAAAACAUCACCUGAAGAACCAUCUGCAAAACUAGAAUCACCCUCACCUUCACUACAAGACUCUUAUAAAUCAGAAAAAAUUUAUCAAAGUGAAUCAAAUGAUUCAGACAUAGGUCUAGGAAACUCUAAAAGUGAGACGUGUUCCGACGUUGAAAAAGGAAAAAUAAAUGGUGGAGGCAAAGAACCCGAAACUCCAAGUGGCGAGAAAUGCAGUCAAGUAAGUAUAGGUGAUGGAGGAAAUGGUGAAUCGGUUGGUACAGAUAUUGGAAAAGAAAGCUUAGAAGGUGGAUCAGAUGAUUUAAAUGGUGGGACAGAAGAUACAGAUAAGGGGGCAUUAAAUACAGAUGGUGGGCACGAUGAUAAUGGAGGAUCAGUUAGUGAACAAGGUGGAUCAGAUAGUGCUCCAGUAGAAGAAGCAACUCAAAGUACGCUAGGGGACCCUUUUAAUACUGAAUCAUUACUUUUUAGUAUCUCAUUAAAAGGCAUAGACCAAUUAAAUAAUGGUUUAAAAUUUUAUAAGGAAAAAAAAGAGCAACUUACAAACGCCAAGGAUACUAUUAAGAAUUUGUAUAAUACAUCUGUGUCUAAUGUAAACAUUUUUUUCGAAAAAUUUAGUGAUUUUUUUAAUGGCAUUAGUGAUAAUAUAAGUACCGAUUCUAAUCAAGUAGAUCCCCUUCCUGAUUCAGAUGAUAAUCAAUCUGGAUCAGGCGGUGAAGAGGAUGAGAAAUCACCACCCCAAAAAGAUUUACAUCAAACUUUAUCAGAUACACCACAAAAUUCACAAAGCCCACAAUUACCAAGUUCUACAGAAGAAAUGAAAACAACAGAAUUGUCUCAGGAACCAUCUGGAAACCAAAAUUCUGAUAAAAGCGAUCAAGGAUCUGAAAACCCGAGGGAAGAUCCAGUGAUUAUACCAACAGAUCUUGAAUCUGGAAUAAAAGGAAAUGGAACAAUAGGAAUAGGUGAUAUAUUUAUAUUCAAAGAAUUCAAAAAAAUUGGAAUUCCAAUUAUAGUUAUUAUAAUAUCCAUUACUUUAGCUAUUAUGUACAAGUUUUUGGUAUUUGAACGGAGAAAGAAAUUAAAAAGAAAAAAAAUGAAAAAAUCUACAAAUUUGUUUGGUGUAAAUAAAACGACAUGA